GUCGAAAAGUGCAUGCGUAAAAUGGCGGAGUUUGAUUUGACGACCCGUAUGGGUCAGUUUUUGGACAGACAUCUCGUGUUUCCCUUAUUGGAAUUCUUAACUGUUAAGGGGUUGUACGAUGAUCAUGAGAUGCUGAAGGGUAAACUGGAGCUACUGAAGCACACAAACAUGGUAGAUUUUGCCAUGGAUGUCCACAGAACUCUUUACCCAGAUAAGGAUGUACCUCAAAGUUUAAAAGAUAAGCGUACAUCUGUAGUUGCCCAAUUAAAACAGCUGCAGACAGAUGUUGAGCCAAUUCACACAAUAUUUGAAGACCCAGAAGUGGCCAGAAUGAUCCAGUCCUCAAGAGAUGGUAGACAGCUGUAUGAAUCCAUGGUGAAAAGUUAUGAUUUUCAACCACACAUGUUGGAGACCCUGUACAAAUUUGCCAAGUUCCAGUUUGAGUGUGGCAACUAUUCAGGUGCAGCAGAAUACCUUUACUUUGUCAGAGUACUAGCUGUGCCCCCACACGACAAGAAUGCUUUAGAUGCCCUAUGGGGUAAGCUGGCCUCAGAAAUCCUCAUGCAGGAUUGGGACACAGCAAUGGAGGAUCUGAACAGACUCAAGGAGGUCAUAGACUCAAAUACUUUUGGAUCUGCUCUGACAUCCUUACAGCAAAGGACCUGGCUCAUCCAUUGGAGUCUGUUCGUUUAUUUCAAUCAUCCCAAAGGCAGAGAUAGCAUCAUUGAUAUGUUCCUUUAUGAACCUCAGUACCUGAAUGCAAUCCAGACUAUGUGUCCCCAUAUACUUCGCUACCUUACCACUGCAGUUAUCACCAACAAACGAAGAAGGACUGUUCUCAAAGACUUAGUCAAAGUUAUCCAGCAGGAAUCUUACAAAUAUAGAGACCCGAUCACAGAGUUCUUGGAGUGUCUUUAUGUGAACUUUGACUUUGAUGGUGCCCAGCAGAAACUGAGGGAGUGUGAAAAGGUGUUAGUGAAUGAUUUCUUCUUGGUCGCCUGUUUGGAUGAUUUCAUUGAGAAUGCCAGACUUUUUAUCUUCGAGACUUUCUGUAGGAUACAUCAGUGUAUUAGCAUUAACAUGUUGGCUGAAAAGUUGAAUAUGCCAUCAGAGGAGGCAGAGAGGUGGAUUGUUAACCUCAUCAGGAAUGCCAGACUUGAUGCAAAGAUUGACUCAAAACUGGGCCAUGUUGUGAUGGGCACCCAGAGUGUGUCUCCGUACCAGCAGGUGAUAGAGAAGACCAAGGGACUAGCAUUCAGGUCACAGAUGCUCUCAAUGAACAUUGAUAAGAAACUAGGUGCAAAACAACAAGAAGCUACACCCCAGUGGGGUGCGCAAGAGUAACCAUAACAACAACCAACGACGCAAAUCCGCCAUUUGCAUCACUUCUGGUGACUCAAGACUUCAAACAGACUACACUGAAAGAAAAUAUAGUGAAAAUGAGAACAUUGCGAAAAGCCAAAAAACAGAAGAUAAAGAUUUCAGAUUGGUUUGUAGAAAACCAAACUUUGAAUGGGUGUUUAUCAUGUUUAUAAAUAAUUAAAUUAUAUAUGAAUAUUUUAGUUUAUUUAUAAAUUAUUAUAAAAGUGCUAAAUUAUGAUGAUGAACAUUAAACUUUGAAUAUCCAUUAAACAUAAUUGUAAGAUCUAAACAUUUGAACAUAACAUGUAACAAAUUAAAAUAACUGAGAUGGUCAUGCAAUCAUGCCAUUUUCCUAUUCAAACCACAAGAAAUAAAACUGGAAUUUUAUCUUCUG